CGACUAACUUAAUCAUAAUCCGCAAGCAGCCCUCUCAACAUUGUAACAAAACAAUCCACAGUCACACACGCACAUCCCUUUCUCCGGUUCUGGGCGGGAAUAAGAGCGCUGGGGCAGGCUGCGCCCUCGUUACCGAUUGCUGCAAUGUAUUCGCCAAACCACAGCGCCAUGAACGGGUUCGCGGAGCGUGGGCUCUCGGAGGAGUCGUUUGGGCAGGCGAAAGGGGGGUUGGCGAGUUUUGAUGCUUUUCCCAAAACCAAGAAAACCUACCUCACGCGCGGCCGCGACUCGUCCCUCUGGACCCUCACCCUCAUAGCAGCUUGCAUCUACCUCUGUCGGGCCGAGUUCUCGCGCUGGUGGGCCGGCAAAACCACCGAGACCUUCUCCGUCGAGAAGGGCGUCUCGCACGACCUGCAAAUCAACCUGGACAUCGUCGUCGCCAUGAAAUGCGCAGACCUGCACGUCAACAUGCAAGACGCGGCCGGCGACCGCACACUGGCGGGCGAGCUGCUGCGAAAGGACCCUACGAAUUGGGCGCAGUGGAGGCAGGGAGAUGUGCAUAAGUUGGGCGAAGGCGACGAUGGCCUGCCCGGGUGGGAGGAAUUGUGGGAUGUGCACGAUCAGCUGGGUGCGGCGAGGAAGCGGAAGAAGUUCCCCAAGACGCCGAGGGCGAGGGGCCCGCUGGAUGCGUGUCGCAUUUUUGGGAGUCUGGAGGGGAACAAGGUGCAGGGGGAUUUCCACAUCACCGCGAGGGGACACGGGUAUAUGGAGUUUGGGGAGCAUUUGGAUCAUAAGGCAUUCAACUUCUCGCACAUCAUCAACGAGCUCUCCUUCGGCCCAUACUACCCGUCCCUCGUCAACCCCCUCGACAACACCAUCGCCUGGACCCCGAACCACUUCUUCAAAUACCAAUACUACCUCUCCAUCGUCCCGACCAUCUACACCGACGACAUCUCCCUCCUCCCCUUACUCGACGCCGUCAACCGCCACCCGCACAACGCGCACCCGGCCAAAAACGUCUUCAACUCCAACCACGCCAUCAAGACGAACCAGUACGCCGUCACGAGCCAGAGCCACGACGUCCCCGAGACAUAUGUCCCGGGCAUUUUCGUCAAAUUCGAUAUCGAGCCCAUCAUGUUGACGAUUGCGGAGGAGUGGGGCGGGGUGUUGAAAUUGCUGGUGCGGUUGGUGAAUGUGGUGAGUGGGGUCAUGGUUGCCGGGGGUUGGGCGUGGCAGAUGUUUGAUUUGGGCAUGGAGGUUUGGGGGAGGAGGAGGGGCGGGAGAAGUGGGGGGAUGGGCGUGUUGGGCGCGUUUGGCGGGAAGGAGAAGCAUGCUUUUGAUUGAUUGGGGGGAUGGACGGUGAGGCGUUUUUGGUUGGGAUAUAUGGGUUUUUUGCAUGGGAGUAUAUAUAGCGAUUAAGGGUUUGGCUCAUUCGAGUCAAGAUUUCUUCUGAAGGUUUGCAUGUGUUCAGGUGCGCUGUUCGGCUAUGUUUGAUCUGGAGACAUCCACAUGCUGUCUUCAUCAAACCCGGGUUUCAGUAAUUGGUUCCAUUAUAUUUCGUCGUGAUAAACAUGCGACAUUACACAUAUACCUAUCUAAAUAUCCCAUAGGUAGUCUCCCGAAUGCCUGCCAUAACCGAUAUGCUCUCAUGCCGUCAUU